AUUGAGAAGAAGCACAAAUAUAGCUAGCUGCUUUCGUAAUAGCGAUGGCGGAGGGGAUCGCAUUCGAUUUGGUCAAAGGAGUGCUCGGCAAGCUGGGCUCCGCUCUCUGGGACGAAAUCGGACUGCUGCGGAGCUUCAAGGACGACGCGGACGACCUCAGAAGCAACUUCUCGGCGAUCCAAGCGGUGCUUCUCGACGCCGAGGAGCGAAGCAGCGCUGGGAAGGAGACCCACGCUCUGCGCCACUGGCUGCGCAAACUGAAGGACGCCGCCUAUGACGCCGACGACCUGCUGGACGAGAUCCGGACGCAAGCGGCCCUCCGGCCACAGCAGUAUCCCGAGGUGCAGAAUCAAAACCAGCCAGCUGAAAAGGUACGUGGAUUUCUGUCCCGCGCUAAUCCGAUGCAUCUCAAGUUUAAGGUCAAGAUGGCACACAGGAUGAAAGAGCUCAGAGAAAAGAUCAGUAAGAUCGCGAAACAGAGGCAUGAUUUUGGUCUUGCCGAAGCUGGCCCUCGUCGACAGGCUGAGUUCAAGCACCCUGAGACAUUCUCGGUCGUCGAUGAAAAGACAAUAGUCGGGAGAGAUGGUGAUAAAGAGAAAAUUGUGAAGCUACUGCUAGAGACGGGCGGGGAUCACGACGUGUCGGUCAUUCCGAUCGUGGGAUUGGGGGGUUUGGGGAAGACGACGCUCGCUCAGCUGGCCUGCAACGACGGGCGGGUUACGGGCCAGCAGCGCUUCGAUCUACGGGCGUGGGUCUGCGUGUCUACCGAUUUCGACAUGAAGACGAUUGCAAAGCCGGUGAUAUCUGCAGCUGGAGAGAACUGUGCUCUUGAUAACUCGGAUGCCGUCGCCAGUUGCCUUGUCAGUAUCUUUAGCCAGAAGAGAUUUUUGCUGGCGCUGGAUGAUGUAUGGAACGAAGAUCAGGAAAAGUGGGAGAAAUUGAAGGUUUUGUUUAAGGACGGCAAGCAGGGAAGUAAAAUUUUAGUAACCACACGAAGCGAAAAGGUCGCCGAGAUAAUGAGAACAGUCGAACCACACCGUGUGAAAGGCUUAUCGGAUGAUGAUUGCUGGACAUUGUUCAAAAGGCGGGCAUUCAAGGAAGGGGAAGAGAAAGACUAUCCGACCUUGGUCGAAAUCGGAAAGCAGAUAGUUAAGAAGUGCGGCGGUGUGCCGUUAGCAGCGAAUGCUUUAGGAAGUAUGAUGCGCUUUAAGAUCAGGACGGAGGAUGCAUGGUCCGCUAUUAGAGAUAGCGAAAUAUGGAGGUUGGAAGAAGAAGGAACUAUUUUACCAUCAUUGAAAUUGAGCUACAUUCAGAUGCCGUCGGCUUUGAAGCAGUGCUUUGCUUACUGCUCCAUAUUCCCCAAAGACUAUGAGGUUGACAAGGAUGACUUGAUCCGGCAAUGGAUUGCUUUAGGCUUCAUUUCAUCACAUGAAACAUGGACUUGGAUGGAAGAUAUUGGAAAUGAGUACUUUAACGAUCUAUUAUGGAUGUCGUUCCUUCAAGAAGUGGACGAAGAAUAUAGAAAGGUUACCACCUACCGGAUGCAUGAUUUAGUGCACGACCUCGCACAAUCUGUAGCAAGAGAAGAAGUUGCUGUUAUAGUUGGAGAAGAGUCAACACGGAUCCCGGAAAGUUGCCGCUAUGUCUCGAUAUACAGUCGUUUCACGCCACAGGUUUCAAUUACCGUAAUGCGGAGGUUGCGAGCUCUUCAAUUUAGGGAAUCUGGUUCACUGAUUAUGGCUUUUUAUAGCGAGGCAAAAUGCUUACGCCUGUUGGAUUUACAUGGUUCCGGAAUUUCUGAGGUGCCAAGCUCAAUCGGUAAGUUGAAGCUCUUAAGAUACCUUGACCUUUCGGGGACCAGUGUACAGGAGAUGCCUGAAGCAAUUACUGGCCUCUGCAACUUGCAAACCUUGAAUCUUUCAGGCUGCGACAUGAUCCGUACAUUGCCCAAAGCUCUAGGAAGGCUUGUGAACUUGCGGAAUUUAGAUUUAAGCGAUUGCCGAUCUCUGACAAUACCUGACUCAAUUAGCAAACUUCAGAAUUUGUAUGCACUAAAUUUGAGAUCGUGCCAAAAGGCGAUAUCACUUGAACCUGUAAGUUGCCUCAAAAACCUGUAUUUCCUAAAUCUAUCAGGUCUAGUUUCUUUGGUGACAUUACCAGAAUCCAUUGGAAGCCUUCAAAACUUGCGUAUUCUGAACCUUUCUGAAUGCUUUUCUCUACUAUCAUUACCCUCGUCGUCAAGUGAUCUUCAGCAUUUAGAGAAACUAGACAUUAGUGGUUGUAAAAAAUUACGUGAGCUGCCUAAAAUGUUCCAAAAGCUGACCAAACUUAGAGUCUUGUUAAACAACAAUUGCUUGGAAUUGAAGGGCAUGCCCCGAGGGAUCGGCAAGUUAGUUAGCCUGCAGGAAUUGUCUGUUUUUGUCAUCUGCAGGCAAGACUGCAUCGAACAUUGUGCUAGCAUAUCUGAGCUAGAGCACCUUAAGCUUGUCGGCAAGCUGGAGAUCAAUGGUCUCGAAAAUGUAACGAGUCCGGUUGAUGCCAAGGCUGCAAAUUUGAUAGAGAAGAACCUGCGGUCUUUGAAGUUGGAAUGGAACGUUUUAAGUGCGGAAGAAGGCACAGAUAGUACAGUACUACCGGCGGAAGAGAUGGAAACCGUGCUAGAAAAUCUUCAACCACAUCAAAAGCUAGAGAAUUUGGUAAUAGAAGGCUAUGGAGGCGGGAAGUUUCCUAGCUGGAUGAUGAAUAGGAUUGGCUCGUGCCUCCCAAAUCUCAUAAUAUGCAGCUCACUCCCGCCGCUGGGGCAACUUCCUUUUCUUACAAAACUACAAAUAGGCGAUAUGCCCGCAAUAACAAAUUUGGGCGUAGAUAAGUUCCCUGUGCUGAUGAUACUUAAGUUGUCCUCCAUGCCGUUGCUGCGAGAAUGGGUGACUGUGUUGACGGUGGAUGACGAAGAAGGCAGGCGAGAGCGAGUUCCCAUUUUUCCGUGUCUCGGUGGAUUGUUGCUUAAAGAAUGUCCUCAAUUGAGGCCGGAGCCUUGCCUCCCGCCAUCGGUUGAGUAUCUGCUCAUUUCUCAAGCAAGCAAGGAGAAUCUAUCGUUAAUUCUCGAAUGCGCGAUGCCACUUGGUGGUGGUGAUGCCGCCGUUUCACUUCAACCGCCACCAGAUACGGGGCUGCGCGAGCUAAUAAUACAAAAAUGUCGGCAGCUAACUUGUUUGCCCGAGAGCUUGCGGGGUCUCACGUCCCUCCAGUGGCUGACAAUAUGGGAUUGCAAAGAUCUUGAGAGAAUUGAAGAUUGGCUCGGGGAGCUCACCGAGCUGCAGUCCUUGGAGAUCUCGGGGUGCAGCAGUCUCCGUUACUUGCCUGCCCACAAGAUGACCACACUUAAGAAGUUACACAUUAAAGGUUCCCCGCUGUUGUUCGAUGCAGAUAAACACUUUGUCGACACCAGCGUCGAUCACAUCGAAGAAGUCAAAGUUGAUGGAAGGCCGUACCCAUAUGAGGAACUAGCGAGUAGCUCGUCAAAGGAGGAGAGCUCACCGAAGCUCUUAAGAUACCUUGACCAUUCGGAGACCAGAAUACAAGAAUUGCCUGAAUCAAUUACCAGCCUAUGCAACUUGCAAAAAUUGAAUCUUUCAAGGUGCAGUUCUCUGACAAUACUUGACUCAGUUAGCAACCUUCAGAAUUUGUACUCACUAAAUUUGAGUUCGUGCGAAAAAGUGAGAUCACUUGAACCUAUAUGUCACCUCAAAAACCUGCAUGACUUAAACCUAUCAUGUCUAAAAUCUUUGGUGACGUUACCCGAAUCCAUUGGGAGCCUUCAAAACUUGCGUACUCUAAACCUUUCUCGCUGCAGUUCUCUACUAUCAUUACCCUCAUCGUUAUGUGAUCUCAAAAACCUAUAUAACUUAAACCUGUCACUUCUAAAUUCUUUUGUGACAUUACCUGAAUCCAUUGGGAGCCUUCAAAACUUGCAUAUUCUGAACGUUUCUAAAUGCUGUUCUCUACAAUCAUUACCCUCAUCGUCAAGUGAUCUUCAGCAUUUAGAGAAACUCGACAUCAGUGGUUGUCGAAAAUUAUGUGAGCUGCCUAAAAUGAUCCAAAAGCUGACCAAACUUAGAGUCUUGUUAAACAACAAUUGCUCGGAAUUGAAGGGCAUGCCCCGAGGAAUCGGUAAGUUAGUUAGCUUGCAGGAAUUGUCCGUUUUUGUCGUCGGCAAGCAAGACCGCGUCGAACAUUGUGCUACCAUUUCUGAGCUAGGGCACUUGAAGCUUGUCGGCGAGCUGCGGAUCAAGGGUCUUGAAAAUGUAACGAGUCCAGUUGAUGCCAAGGCUGCAAAUUUGAUAGAGAAGAAGCUGCGGUCUUUGAAGUUGGAAUGGAACGUUUUAAGUGCGGAAGAAGGCAUGGAUAGUGUACUACCGGCGGAAGAGAUGGAUACCGUGCUAGAAAAUCUUCAACCACAUCAAAAGCUAUCGAAAUUGGAAAUAGAAGGCUAUGGAGGCGGGAAGUUUCCUAGCUGGAUGAUGAAUAGGAUUGGCUCGUGCCUCCCAAAUCUCGUUGAAAUCAAACUUGAUAAUAUUCCCGUAUGCAGCUCACUCCCGCCGCUGGGGCAACUUCCUUUUCUUAAAGAACUAAUUACACAAAAUAUGCCCGCAAUAACAAAUUUGGGCGCAGAAAAGUUCACUGCGCUGACGAGCCUUUGCUUGUUCUCCAUGCCAAUGCUGCGAGAAUGGGUGACGGUAUUGACGGUGGAUGACGAAGAAGGCAGACGAGAGCGAGUUCCCAUUUUUCCAUGUCUCACUGAAUUGUUGAUUUCAGAAUGUCCUCAAUUGAGGCCGGAGCCUUGCCUCCCGCCAUCGGUUGAGCAUCUGGUCAUUUCCGGAAGAAGCAAGGAGAGUCUAUUGUUAAUUCUCGAAUGCGCGAUGCCCCUUGUUGGUGGUGAUGCCGCCGUUUCACUCCGACCGCCACCAGAUAAGGGGCUGCAGGGGCUAAUAAUAGGAGAAUGUCAGCAGCUAACUUGUUUGCCCCAGAGCUUGCGGGAUCUCACGUCCCUCCAGAGCCUGUAUAUAUGUAGUUGCGAAGAUCUUGAGAGAAUUGAAGAUUGGCUCGGGGAGCUCUCCGGCCUGCAGUCCUUGGUCAUCAGCAAGUGCAGCAAUCUCCGUUACUUGCCUGCCCACAAGAUGCCCACACUUAAGAAGUUGAGUAUUGAUGAUUGCCCGCUGCUGUUCGAUGCAGCCGAACAAUUUGUCGACACCAACGUCAAUCACAUCGAAGAAGUCUCUGUUAAUGGAAGAUGGAAAAACUUCGGAAAUACCCAUAUGAGGAAGAAGCGUGCAGCUCGCCAGAGGAGGAGAAGAAGGGUUGGACGAGUUUUUGGAGCAGAUCGAAUUGGUUAGCGAGGAGAGCAUAAGUAUAUGUACCUAUUAUUUGGAGGUAAAAGGAUAUUAGAUAUUAUCUAAACUAUACUGCACUUUGAAAGUGGGCAACUGGGCUUUACGAAUUUCGAUUUUAAUUCGUAAACCUUAUAUAUGCUCAUUUUGAUAAAAGAAAUUUUCUUUGAAAGAUUUAUUAGAUUCUUUUAAAAUUUAGUCUCUUCCGUUAAACAAAGUGCAAAAUAUUUCAUACAAUAAAAAAUAUUUUUUUUAUCGAAUUUUAAAAUGUUUUCUCAAAAAAAGUUAAGUAUCCUUUCGAAUUCUGUAAGAAACAUAAUAAACAGGGCGGAAAGUUAGAGAGUCGAUUUAAAUUUUUUAAAGUUCAGUUAUUUAUCUCGAAGCGUAGUAUAGCUCAAGUAAGGAUCAUUCUCUUUUAGCUUCUUAAUUUGGUGACCACUAUUCCCCUUUGAGAAGAAUAUUUUUUUCCUUUUUUUGCCAGAAAAACAAAUUUUAUAUAUCUAGGUGCAACGGUGGAGAUUUUUCAUUUAUGGACUUAUUGUCUUAUUUUUCAGGUGGGUGUUGUUUAGCUUGCAGGACAAUAAUUGUUUUAUGUUGUUUGUGUUUUCGUUAUAUAAAUUAAGUUUCCGAAUGUACUAUUGUAUGAUUUGGUUUGAUUGUUUGUAAUUUUUUUGGUGUUUCCUA